AGUUUAAAUGGUAAAGCUCGGAAAUUGACGGGGGUCAUUUGGACUGUUCGCUUUUGGAGUACCUCGUCACCGCCGGCUUCUCCAAAACUGUAACUUUCCGAAUCCAAAGCUGCCCUGAAUUUCUUCACUCUAUCUGGCCCUCCACCUUAAGCCAAGAUGUCCAAGAAGGCCCCAACCGAGGACGAGAAGUUCCUCUUUGUUGACAAGGACUUCCUGAACAGCCCCAUGGCUCAGGCCGACUGGGCGGCCAAGAAGCUGGUCUGGGUCCCGUCAGAGAAGCACGGCUUCGAGGCGGCCAGCAUCAAGGAGGAGCACGGCGACGAAGUGCUGGUGGAGCUGGCCGAUAAUGGCAAGAAGGCAACAGUCAACAAGGACGACAUCCAGAAGAUGAACCCGCCCAAGUUUAGCAAGGUGGAGGACAUGGCCGAACUCACCUGCCUGAACGAGGCCUCAGUGUUGCACAAUCUCCGCGAGAGGUACUUCUCUGGCCUUAUUUAUACGUACUCUGGCCUGUUCUGCGUUGUGGUGAACCCCUACAAAAUGCUGCCCAUCUACUCAGAGAAGAUCAUCGACAUGUACAAAGGGAAGAAACGACACGAAGUCCCCCCUCACAUCUACUCCAUCACUGACAACGCCUACAGAAACAUGAUGCAAGAUCGUGAGGACCAGUCCAUUCUCUGCACCGGUGAAUCCGGUGCCGGAAAGACGGAGAACACCAAAAAGGUCAUCCAGUAUCUGGCAGUCGUUGCCUCCUCACACAAAGGCAAGAAGGACUCAAGCGCUGGGGAGCUGGAGAAGCAGCUCCUGCAGGCCAAUCCCAUCCUGGAGGCCUUCGGAAAUGCUAAAACCAUCAAAAACGACAACUCCUCCCGAUUUGGUAAAUUCAUCCGUAUCAACUUUGAUGUGACCGGCUACAUUGUUGGAGCCAACAUUGAGACUUACCUGCUGGAGAAGUCUCGCUGUAUCAGACAGGCGAAGACAGAAAGAGCUUUUCACAUCUUCUACUACAUGAUUGCUGGUGCUAAAGACAAACUGCGUGAGGAGCUUCUUCUGGAACCCUUCAGUAACUACCGCUUCCUGAGUGCCGGCCACGUUCAGAUAACUGGACAGCAAGAUGAUGAGUUGUACGAAGAGACCAUGGAGGCCAUGAACAUCAUGGGCUUCACCGAAGAGGAGAGAAUUGACAUCCUGAAGGUUUGCUCCACAGUCAUGCAGCUGGGAAACAUUGAAUUUAAGAAAGAGAGGAACCAGGAACAGGCCACUAUGCCAGACAACACCGCUGCCCAGAAGGUUUGCCACCUUCAAGGUAUCAAUGUGACAGACUUCACCCGAGCCAUGCUCACCCCUCGUAUCAAAGUGGGCAGGGAGGUGGUGCAGAAGGCCCAAACCAAAGAGCAGGCUGACUUUGCUACCGAAGCGUUGGCCAAGGCCGUGUUUGAGCGACUGUUCCGCUGGAUUCUGGCCCGAGUCAACAAAGCCCUCGACAAGACCAAACGCCAGGGAGCCUCCUUCCUGGGAAUCCUCGACAUCGCCGGCUUUGAGAUCUUUGAGGACAACUCCUUCGAGCAGCUGUGCAUUAACUACACCAACGAGAAGCUGCAGCAGCUCUUCAACCACACCAUGUUCAUCCUGGAGCAGGAGGAGUACCAGAGGGAGGGCAUCGAGUGGAACUUCAUCGACUUCGGCCUUGACCUGCAACCCUGUAUUGAGCUCAUCGAGAGGCCGAACAACCCUCCUGGCAUCCUGGCCCUGCUGGAUGAAGAGUGCUGGUUCCCCAAAGCCACAGAUAUCUCUUUUGUGGAGAAACUCAUGAACACACAAGGGAACCACAUCAAAUUUGCCAAACCAAAGCAGCUUAAAGACAAAACAGAGUUCUCUAUUCUUCAUUAUGCCGGGAAGGUAGACUAUAAUGCCACAGCCUGGCUGACAAAGAACAUGGACCCUCUAAAUGACAACGUCACAUCACUGCUGAACAAUUCCUCCAGCCAGUUUGUGCAAGAACUCUGGAAAGAUUCGGACAGAGUCGUGGGUCUCGACACGAUAGCCAAGAUGACAGACAGCUCCAUGCCGAGCGCCUCCAAGACCAAGAAGGGAAUGUUCCGCACAGUCGGGCAGCUCUACAAGGAGUCUCUGGCUAAACUCAUGACCACGCUGCACAACACCCAGCCCAACUUUGUCAGAUGCAUCAUCCCGAACCACGAGAAGAGAGCAGGGAAGCUGGAUGCUCACCUGGUCCUGGAGCAGCUGAGGUGUAACGGUGUGCUGGAGGGAAUCAGAAUCUGCCGACAAGGUUUCCCCAACCGAAUUGUUUUCCAGGAGUUUCGCCAGCGUUAUGAGAUUUUGGCUGCUAGUGCUAUUCCCAAAGGCUUCAUGGAUGGCAAACAGGCCUGCUGCCUCAUGAUCAAGCAUCUGGACUUGGACCCCAACCUGUACCGGAUUGGACAGAGUAAAAUCUUCUUCCGCACAGGAGUUCUCGCCCAACUGGAAGAGGAGCGAGAUCUGAAGAUCACUGUGAUCAUCAUCGCUUUCCAGGCCCAGGCUAGAGGCUUCCUCGCCAGAAAGGCAUUUGCCAAGCUACAACAGCAGCUGACAGCCAUGAAGGUGAUCCAGAGGAACUGUGCUGCCUACCUCAAACUCAGGAACUGGCAGUGGUGGAGGCUCUUCACAAAGGUCAAGCCUCUCCUGCAAGUGACCCGACAGGAGGAAGAGAUGGGUCUAAAGGAGGAAGAGCUGCAGAAAGCCAAAGAAGUUGCGACAAAGUUUGAGUCAGAGCUCAAAGAAAUCAGCUUGAAACACACAUCGAUUGUGGAGGAAAGGAACGCGCUGCAGGAGCAGCUUCAGGCAGAGACAGAGUUGUAUGCUGAGGCUGAGGAGAUGAGGGUCCGUCUGGCGGCAAAGAAGCAGGAGCUGGAGGAGAUCCUCCAUGAGAUGGAGGCGAGGCUGGAUGAAGAGGAGGAACGUGCUCAGGCGCUGCUGGUGGACAAGAAAAAGAUGCAACAGCAGAUGCAGGAAUUAGAGGAACAUCUGGAAGAGGAGGAGGACGCUCGCCAGAAACUGCAGCUGGAGAAGGUUACCUGCGAUGGAAAGAUCAAAAAGUUGGAGGACGACAUUCUGGUAAUGGAGGACCAGAACAACAAGCUGCUGAAGGAGCGGAAGCUGAUGGAAGAACGAAUCGCAGACUUCAGUGCAAACCUGGCCGAGGAAGAGGAGAAAUCUAAGAACCUCACCAAGCUCAAAAACAAACACGAGUCCAUGAUCUCUGAGUUGGAAGUCCGUUUGAAGAAAGAAGAAAAGGGUCGCCAGGAGCUGGAUAAGGCCAAGCGCAAGUUGGAGGCUGAGUCGAAUGACCUACAAGAGCAGAUAGCUGACCUGCAGGCUCAGAUUGCUGAUCUCAAAGCUCAGCUUGCUAAGAAGGAGGAAGAGUUACAGAACGCUUUAGCCAGGUUAGAAGAUGAAACAGCCCAGAAAAACAAUGCUCUGAAGAAGAUCAGAGAGCUCGAGGGACACAUCUCUGACCUGCAGGAGGACCUCGACUCUGAGCGGGCAGCCAGGAACAAGGCGGAGAAAAUCAAACGGGACCUUGGAGAGGAGCUGGAGGCCCUCAAGUCGGAGCUAGAAGACACUUUGGACACGACUGCCACACAGCAAGAGCUAAGAGCAAAACGUGAGCAGGAGGUGACCCUGCUGAAGCGAGCCAUGGAUGAUGAGAACCGAACCCAUGAGGCUCAGAUACAGGAGAUGAGACAGAAACACACCCAGGCUGUGGAGGAGCUCACUGAGCAGCUGGAGCAGUCAAAACGAGUGAAGUCCAAUCUGGAGAAAGCUAAACAAGCUCUGGAGAAGGAAACAUCCGAAUUAACCAUGGAGGUCCGCUCACUGUCUCAGGCCAAACAGGACGGAGAGCACAAGAGGAAGAAGUUGGAGGGUCAAGUGGCAGAUCUGCAGUCACGCUUCACUGACAGUGAGAAGCAGAAGGCUGAGCUGGGCGAGCGCUGCUCCAAGAUCACCGUUGAACUGGAGAGUGUAACAAACCUACUGAACGAAGCAGAGGGCAAGAACAUCAAACUGAGCAAAGAUAUCUCCGGUCUUUCCUCCCAACUCCAAGACACACAGGAGCUGCUGGCUGAGGAGACACGUCAGAAACUGCAGUUCUCCACAAAGCUGCGACAAGCAGAAGAUGACAAGAACAGCUUGCAGGAGCAGCUUGAAGAGGAGAUGGAGGCCAAGAGGAACGUGGAGAGACACGUCUCCACACUCAACAUCCAGCUGUCAGAUGCAAAGAAGAAGCUGGAUGAAAUGUCAGGAAACAUCGAGCUGUUGGAGGAAGGGAAGAAACGUCUACAGAGAGAUUUGGAGGCAGCCAACACUCAGUAUGAGGAGAAGGCCUCAGCAUACGACAAGCUGGAGAAGACCAAAAACCGUCUGCAGCAGGAGCUGGAGGACACACUGAUGGACCUGGACAGCCAGAGGCAGAUUGUGUCAAACCUGGAAAAGAAGCAGAAGAAGUUUGACCAGAUGCUGGCUGAGGAGAAGAGCAUCUCCAGUAAAUAUGCAGAUGAGAGAGAUCGAGCUGAAGCCGAGGCCAGAGAGAAGGAAACCAAAGCUCUGUCCCUGGCAAGGGCUCUGGAAGAGGCCCAGGAUUCCAAAGAGGAGCUGGAGAGAGCCAACAAGGCCCUGAAGAUUGAGAUGGAGGACCUGAUCAGCUCCAAGGAUGACGUGGGAAAAAAUGUCCACGAGCUGGAGAAGUCCAAACGAGGCCUGGAGGCCCAGGUGGAGGAGAUGAAGACCCAGCUGGAGGAGCUGGAGGACGAGCUGCAGGCGGCUGAGGACGCCAAGCUGCGUCUGGAGGUCAACAUGCAGGCCCUGAAGGCCCAGUUCGAGAGGGACCUCCAGGGACGAGAUGAGAUGGGUGAGGAGAAGAAGAGGCAGCUUGUGAAGCAGGUUCGUGAGUUGGAGACAGAGUUGGAAGAUGAACGUAAACAGAGAGCCCUGGCAGCAGCAGCCAAGAAGAAGCUGGAGACAGACAUGAAAGAUCUAGAAGGACAGAUUGAGACGGCCAAUAAGGGACGAGAGGAGGCCAUCAAGCAGCUCCGAAAGCUCCAGGGCCAGAUGAAAGACUACCAGAGGGAGCUGGAAGAUGCCCGUGCUGCCCGAGAGGAGGUGCUGACCACCGCGAAGGAGAGCGAGAAGAAGGCCAAGAGUCUGGAGGCUGAGCUCAUGCAGCUACAGGAGGAACUGGCUGCAGCCGAGAGGGCACGGAAACAGGCAGAGGCUGAAAGAGACGAACUGUCCGAUGAGCUGGCGAGCAACUCCUCUGGAAAGUCAGCCUUGGCAGAUGAGAAGCGUCGCCUGGAAGCUAAGAUCAGCCAGCUAGAGGAAGAGCUGGAGGAGGAGCAGAGUAACAUGGAGAUCCUCAAUGACAGGCUGAGGAAGAGCACACAGCAGGUGGAUCAGCUGAACAACGAGCUGCAGACGGAGCGCACCACGUCCCAGAAGAACGAGAGCGCUCGGCAGCAGAUGGAGCGCCAGAACAAGGACCUGAAGGCCAAACUUCAGGAGAUGGAGAACCAGGUCAAGUCCAAGUUCAAGUCCUCCAUCACUGCCCUGGAGGCUAAAGUGGCGCAGCUUGAGGAGCAGCUGGAGCAGGAGAACAGAGAUAAGCAGGCCUCCGCAAAGACGAUGCGCCAGAAAGACAAGAAGCUUAAGGACCUGAUGUUGCAGGUGGAAGACGAAAGGAAGCAGGGAGAGCAGUACAAAGACCAGGCGGAAAAGUCGAAUACUCGCGUGAAGCAGCUGAAGCGGCAGCUCGAGGAGUCGGAGGAGGAGUCUCAGCGCGCUACAGCCGCCCGUAGGAAGCUGCAGCGUGAGCUGGAUGAAGCCACUGAGGCCAACGACGCCAUGAGCCGUGAGGUCAACUCUCUCAAGAGCAAACUCAGGCGCGGAAAUGAGCCCUCCUUUGCAAGCACACCUCGGCGUAUGGGCGGAGGCCGGAGGGUGGUCGAGGAUGCUUCAGAGGAGGAAGCCGACACCCAAAGCGACUUCAACGGAACAAAGUCCACCGAGUAGAAGACGAUAAAUAAACAGACAACUGAAUUACUGUCCAGGCCAAGACCUGCCACUUUAAACAGAGAAUAACUUCCAAAUCCUGCUAUGCUAUCUUCCAUAUUACUUCAAAAUAUAUAUAUAUAUAUAUUUUCUCCCAUUUCCAGUAGUGUACUGAUCUGUCUUCUUUGUUCAGAGCACCUUUUCUAGACACGAACCAAUCAGGACUUGAUAUCCACGAGGGGAGUUGCUUUGGUGGCUCUGAUUAUGUGUGAGACUUGCUGUUAUUUUUCAAUUUAAAAAAAAAAAAAUUACACUGUUUUGUACUGCACUGAAUGACUGAUUUUUUUGUAUGCAUUGUUUUGUACACACACAAAAAAAAAAUAGGUGCCUCUAAUUACCACCCACAUAGAACUUAAAGCAGAGACAUCGUGUAAAUCUACAGAUGUGUAACUCUUAUCAGCGACCAUUGCCUGUGACUGCUGUUACUGUUUCAUAGCAGCACUGAAGUGGGUUCAGAUCGGACGUGUAGACAGAUGUUUCUAUACUCAGUCUGCUUCCAAUCAGUGCUACUGUUUGUACCCCAACGAAUAAAUAUUUAGCUCUAAAACAUUCUCUAAAGUCACCAUUUUACGUUAUUUGCACCUUUUCUGUGCCGAGAUAACUCUUAGUCCAGUAAUGACCAAAUAUUUGUGGUCAGACGAGGUUUGAGGUUACUCCAACCACAAAAUCGUGAGCCAGAUGUUGCUAUCGGGCACUUCGCAGCACUCGUCUUAAUUUUUGAUAUCUAUCCUUUGUCAAGAUUUACUGUACAUGUUUAAAAAGCCCCUCGAUCACCCAACUCAAUCUCAUUUGUUAUAUGUAAUCGACUAAUGUUUACAUGACACUCUUUGUAUUUACUAACUGUUGAACCACCUGCACAAGAAAUAAAGAUCUUUUAAAAAAAAAAAAAAA